AGCCCUAAAAAACACUGCAUGAGUGAACGUGAGGAAUGACUUGAACUCUUUCCACCUGUGGUUUUAUUUUUGUUGGUGUUCUAAGAUUUGGCAGAGAUAUUCGUUAGUUUACAACCUGCAGUCUAACCCGUCAUUACGCGAAGCUUCUUACUCGUAUGAAGAUCAUGCGAGUUAACUACACAAAUGUAGGAAUAGCUAUUUCGCUCGCUGUUGCCUGCUUCAUCUUCUUCAAACUGUCCCAGCUGAGUCAGUCGCGAGCUGUCACGCAUCGAGACGUACAGGGGACGGAGGAAACAACAGUGCUUCAAUCAUUAGUCAAAGACACAACUGGAAGCCUACUUGACCUUAAACUACAGAAGGCUAAAGAAACUAUAGAACAUCUUAGAAGUGAGCUGCAAGAGGCCAAGAGUGUUCCAUUAAAGGAAAACAGAAUGGAUAAAAAAAGAUUUAAUGGCCACAGACUUGUUCAUUUGGAUCUCAAAGGGGCACCACCAAAAAUGGAAUAUCUGAUAAAGAUUCUUCCAGAGUUUAAGAAAUGGGGAGCAACUGGAUUACUGGUGGAAUAUGAGGAUGUGUUUCCCUACAAAGAAAAAUAUGAAGUCCUGCGUGCCAAGAAUUCCUACAGUGAAGCUGAAAUAAAACAAUUUCUGAGAGAAGUCACUGCAAAUGACCUGAUUUUGAUUCCACUUGUACAGACAUUUGGCCAUCUGGAGUUUGUUUUGAAACACAAGGAAUUUGCUCAUCUUCGUGAAACAGAACACUUCACCAAUUCACUUUGUCCAAAUAACAAAGAAUCCAUUCCCAUGGUGACAGGGCUCAUUGACCAGGUGUUGGCACUUCAUCCUGGUAUCAAAUGGUUUCAUAUCGGAGGCGAUGAGGUAUGGAACCUCAAGACAUGCUCAGUCUGUCUGAAGGAUGAACGUAAUAAAUCUCAGUUGUUUGUCCAUCACAUGACUCCCAUUUUAAAGUAUUUACAAAGCAAGAAGGUUACACCACUCAUGUGGGAUGAUAUGAUGAGACAUUGGCCUGUGGAGUACUUGAAAGAACUGGGACCUCUUGUGGAACCAAUGGUCUGGGCUUACAGAUCAGAUUUGACAGGCUAUUUUCCCUCUGACAUGUGGGAGAGAUACGGUGAAGCUUUCAACAAGAUUUGGGCGGCAAGUGCUUUUAAAGGUGCCACCUUUCCGUGGAGCAACUUUGUUCCCAUUGGCUUUCAUGUGCAGAACAAUCUCAACUGGCUGGACAUCAUUGCUAAGGUUCCAAGUACUCUGGAAUUCAAUGGUGUUGCUCUGACUGGGUGGAGCAGGUAUGACCACUAUGCUACUUUGUGCGAGCUUCUUCCGGCAGCCAUUCCUUCGUUAGCUUACUGCUUACACGCCUUGCGCACAGGUUAUUUGGAUCAGGAAGAAAUAAAAGCCACAGCUAAAGAACUUGGCUUGCCUGAAACGUUUGAUAUCAAUGUGAAGAGAUUUCCUCCCACGUAUCAACCGCCCGACGGAACGUUUCUAGGACAUGAAAUUUUCAGUCUCGUAGGUCACCUGGAGAAGGCGGUUUAUGAUACAAGGGGUGUCAAAAAUAUACAGCAAGGUUGGCUGUUGGAGCGGGAAGUGGAAAACAAGUUUUUAAGUUAUUAUCAAGUGGAAAGCGCAUACAACAAGACUGUGCAUGGGUUACAGAUUCUAACAUCGUUAAAGUCGGAGGCAAAUAAAGCCUUCAGUCUCGUCUACGACGAAAGUGUGGUCAAGGAAUGGGUCAAGGACAAAUUACAAGACGGCAUUGAUCAUUUAAGCAGCGAGAAACCCCGGCUAGAAGGGCUUAAAAAAAUUGCUGCAGGAAAGGAAGGGAAAGAGGUGUAGCGUUAUAUCGAGUUAAAAUUAAAGAUAAACUGAUGGUCAGGUAUAAGCAGUGAGGAGUUAUCAUAGAAUCAUGUUUGCAGCCACUAAAAUAAUUUAUUGAUUAGCACUUUGUAAUGCUUUCAAAUUUGCCUACAAGGUGGUUUCAACCUUUAAAGCUAUGGAAGAAGUUUUAGCCCGUGACAGUGAAAUGAAAGUUACUGAGCAGUACUUUUCAUGUGGUACUGUUUAUUAUGCUGUACAAAGUGAUUUAAACUUUUAAGUCUGUGGAUAAAACCCUAGAGUGUGUGACCAGUCAAAAGAAAGCUAAUGAGCAGCACUUUAAUGUGGUACUGUUUAUUAUGCUGUACAAGGUGGUUUUAGCUUUGUCUCCGGGUGAAACCCUAGCGUGUAACCAUUUAGAUCAAAGCUAGUGAGCAGGGCUCACAGGUGGUUGUGUUUGUCAUGCUAUACAAUGUAGUUUUAACUUUUAAUUCCUUGUGUGAAAUGAUAUCCUUGCACCAUUCAAAUGAUCUGUGAACGAAUCCUUUGUUUUGUUUGUUUUCCUUUGACUGCUAAAACGUUUUAGCAUUUAGUUUUUGGUGGAGAUGAAAGAUGUAAAAUCUAAGUAGGCAUAUGCUCAGCAUAGAACCUAAUAGUGUUUUAGUUUUUAACGCAAACAAAGGAACAAGAUAGUCAUUCAGUUCAUAAGUAUUAACUUAUUUUAAUUUGAAACUCCGAUCAAACGAACAAGCUCUGUGCCAGUAAGUUGACUCACAAUGUCGAAAAUCAAUACUGAGCUUAAACUUACUAAAACCAAGCCAAAGGUUCUUGGCGUGUCAGUGCUCAUGUUUUCGUUUUCCAAGUCAUUGAAGUCGUUGAUCACAAAGGCCCCGUCCACACUAGGCCGGAGGAAUUUGAAAACGCAGCUUUGUUUCUACGGUUAGGCCUACCGUCCACACU